CCUUCCCCGCAUUAUAAAUGCAUAGCAAUUGGAGAGUGAAAUUUGCAGGCAUCAAAACUGUAAUUCAGGAUAUAUACUGAAUUAAGCUCAACGAGCAUAUUGAAAGAAAACGAUGGGAAAGCUCAGCAUGCCUUUUUUCAUUCUAACUUUCGUUUAUAUGGUGGCUGCCUCUGCGAGUGCAUUCUCUGCAACGGAUUUAAGCCUCCCAACUCCAGUGGAUGGCCUUUCGUGGACAUUUUACAGAAAAAGUUGCCCGGCGUUGGAGUUUAUUGUGAGAGAACGUAUUGAGUUUUAUCUCAAUCAAGAUAUCACGCAGGCGGCUGGCCUGCUCAGACUGCAUUUCCACGACUGCUUCGUGCAGGGAUGCGACGGUUCAGUGCUGCUGAACGGGACAUCGAAUGAGCGGGUGACUCCUCCAAAUGUGUCGUUGCGAGCGAUGGCCUUCACAAUUAUCAAUGACAUAAAAGCAAGAGUGGAAGCUGCCUGCACUGGAAUCGUAUCAUGCGCUGACAUAUUAGCUUUGACUGCUCGUGAUUCUGUCAACAAGGCUGGAGGACCAUUCUAUCCAUUACCGCUAGGGAGGAGAGACAGCCUCAGCUUCGCAAAUUUAACAACCGUUCUUGCAAAUUUACCUGCGCCCAGUUCCAAUGUAACUGGUCUUAUGAGCGUCUUGUCUCUCAAAGGCUUUACUUUCACGGAUCUGGUAGCUCUUUCAGGUGGGCACACAAUCGGCAGAGCAAACUGCUCGUCCUUCGACAACAGACUGCACAACAGCACGACCGGAGGAAAGCAACAAGAUCCCACUCUCGACCAGACAUUUGCUAAGCAACUCUACCUCACUUGUCCCACAAGUACAACCGUCAACACCACCAAUUUGGAUAUUCGCAGCCCAAAUGUGUUUGAUAACAAAUAUUACGUGGACCUUCUGAAUCGACAAACGCUCUUCACAUCGGACCAGACUCUCUACUCAGACAGUCGAACCCGAGACGUGGUAAUAGAUUUUGCAGUCAAUCAAGCCUCCUUCUUUGAACAGUUCGUUUUGAGCAUGUUGAAGAUGGGUCAGCUGGAUGUCCUCACCGGAAGCCAAGGACAAAUCCGGAAGCAUUGUGAGGUUCCAAAUCCAACUUCUUCAGUUUUCUCCAUCCUCAAUCCUCAAAUUUCCUCAUCUUUAUACUCCACAUAAAUGCUAGGACGAAGCAACAUUUGUUUCUUCGAAUAAAUCCACCUCAUAACAUGUGUUUAAGAGGGGUCGAGCAUUAAGGUAGAAUGUUGGAAUGCUGAGCAUAAUAGUCAGUCCUCAAAAUAAUUAUAUAAAAGAUAGGAUGACAUGUAAUCCAUAUUGUUGGAGCAGUCGAGUGUUCACUCAUUUAAUUUGAUUUAAAAUUAUGCUUUAAGCUUUUCAGA